CGAAGCUGCCCUUUCCCAGCCCUUCUUGCUGGUCACUCGUCAUUUUGCAUCUCCGUUCAAAAACGAGCUGUUAUCGCCAACGGCAAUCUCAUCUACAUUUCACGGCACAAGAGUGUGCAUAGCUUUUGCGGCAGGACUUUCUUUAGCCGCUUUUUGAUUAUUUCUAUCAGUCGCAGUCAACCCCGUCGCCCUCGUCACUCUUCCAAUGUCGUUCCCUUUCCAGCCAACGGAACGUUUAUAUGCGAGUGUGACAGGGGGCGGCGAAAGCUUGGGAAUAUGGGGUCCAGGUAACAUAGCCUUCCCGGACUUGGACGAUUUCGCAUCUCUGCUCUCGGGGGCUGCACCCUCGACGGAAGCCGGGAGUCUCCCGACACCCCCGCUAGGUGAAAACCUAGAAUUAGGUGGAGGACGCCACUCCACUGUUGAAGAUUUGGAGGCCUUCUUGUUGGGGAGCGCUGAUAUACCUACUGUACCACCGUCCAUGGGUAUCGCGAAUGCUUUCCAGGACACAGAUUUUGUUUUUGCCGAUGUUAUGGCAUCGACAGGCUCGUCGCCACAGACGACCGCAAUGAGUGCCACUGUGGAGGGUCAACACUGCCGAUCUGCGCUAGAUACCCUACCUUCCACUGCGUCAAAGACUCGGCCGGGGCAACCAAUGUCUCCAGUGUCAAUAACGUCGAAUGAUGAAGCACCAAUCAGCGAAGUGGAGCCAAAGAGUCUUGGCAAGCGCCGAAAGUUAACUGCUGAAGAGAAAGAUCAAAGAGCGAAAGAGAGGGCGAUUCGUAAUCGACAAGCAGCUCAAGAAUCCCGCGACAAGAAGCGCAAGUACAUUGAUGACCUCGAAGCGACAAACGCGCAUCUUUCACAACAGAACGUGGAGCUUACCCAACGACUCGAGUCGAUCGAGCGCACGAACCAGUCUUUGACCUCCCGCAUUGAAGACCUUGUGUCCCAGCUUGCUUCUUUCCGAAAACGAUUUAAAUCUUCCGACGAAUCUGAAUUCCUCGCGCUUGGCGCUCUUUCAUCCGACCCAGCAGCGGUCGCAUCCCAGCAGCGGAUGUUGUCAAGCAAGAGGAAUUCGAAGAGCCUUGCGACGACUGCGCAAGGCACCUCAGCUUCGAAGAGUUCUUCAACCUCGACCCAGGCUCACCCGCUGGCUGCGAUGGUGGUGGUGACUCUUUUCCAAUCGAUGGUCUAUAUGAUCACGACAUCAAGAGUCUUCUCGCCUUUGACCAGCCUUUUGACCUUGGGUUCCAGGUUGAAGAAUUCUGCUGAGGGUCCGGUCGAUCUAAAAAUUAAUCGUGGAGAAUCCUGGCGUCAAAUGCGGACAGGGAUUGGGCUUUUGCCAGAUCUCGAUGGGUAUUAUUCAACACAGCCAUGCUCCCGGUUAGAGAAAUUUCCGGUUUUGCGAAAGAUAUGGGCGAUGUAGACCAACGUGAGGCUUAAUACUUUUUGAUUCACCCGGGCGCCAACGAGUCCUUCUUGCUCAUUUCUAGGUGUUUGAGGAAUAAUAUUUUUUUUUUUCAUGUCUAUGUAGUUGGUUUGUUCUUUUAGUUAUGGCCCAAAAUGGGGCAUGUAAAUAGAGAAAUAUUCAUUAUUUUGGUUUAUAUCAUUCCUUGGAAACCUG